GAGAGUCCACAUGUCACGGUACCGGCCACGAUCUUGCUCACAGUGUUCGCAACUCGCGGCUCUCGAGUCUCGUUUCGUCGUGCCGAUAGUACUCUUGCGGUGUCUCUGCCGAUCAACGAUCGAGUACUUUGUUGGUUACAUCCAAUUCUAAAAGAUAAAUUAAUAAACCAAACAUGUCUGACGAAGAAGUUGCUGCACUCGUAGUUGACAAUGGCUCCGGUAUGUGCAAGGCCGGUUUUGCCGGAGACGACGCUCCACGCGCCGUUUUCCCAUCUAUCGUUGGAAGACCACGCCACCAGGGUGUUAUGGUUGGCAUGGGACAGAAGGAUUCCUAUGUUGGCGACGAGGCCCAAUCAAAGAGAGGUAUUCUUACCUUGAAAUACCCAAUUGAGCACGGUAUUGUCACCAACUGGGACGAUAUGGAGAAGAUCUGGCAUCAUACGUUCUACAAUGAACUCCGAGUGGCUCCUGAGGAACAUCCAGUACUUCUUACCGAGGCACCUCUUAAUCCAAAGGCCAACCGCGAGAAGAUGACACAGAUUAUGUUCGAAACGUUCAAUACCCCCGCUAUGUAUGUCGCCAUUCAAGCCGUACUUUCGCUAUAUGCUUCUGGACGUACUACCGGUAUUGUAUUAGAUUCGGGUGACGGCGUUUCCCACACUGUACCAAUCUACGAAGGAUACGCUUUGCCUCACGCUAUUCUUCGUUUGGACUUGGCUGGCCGUGAUUUAACUGACUACCUCAUGAAGAUCCUCACGGAAAGAGGAUACUCCUUUACAACCACGGUUGCAGUUAUCCAAUACCCUCUACUGGAUAUUGUGUCCUUGAUCUCCAAUCCAGUACAUCGUAGUUAA